AUGAAAAUUAGUGGAAGUUUAUAUCAUAUUGUGUUUGUUAAAAUGGUAUUCAAUGUAAAAUCAGCCGAUGAAAGUGUGGUCAACGCCAGUUUUGAUACGCAGAGUGCAGACGAACGAAAAACCACAGAAUGUAAACGAAGGAUUUCAACAGGCAAGCUCGAUAAGAGGUUCUCUUCCACGGAUCGAAAUGGAAGCCUGGAUUACAAAACAGUUAGAAAAGAAAACGGAGUAGCUGGUCACCAAAGUGACGUGAGACCAAGUGUUAAAAAAGUGUCCAGUGGUCCUUUUAGAGUCACCAGAUCCAACUCAGAUUGUGUUAAAAUGAAGGAAAUAGAGAAAGUACGUCCUGCUCUAGCAAGACGUCAUCCUUCUACGUGUUCCCUGCCUUCCAGAUUUGUGAAAUCAGUGCCUGAAAGCGAUAUGCAUCGCGGAUUAAGCCUUACUCGAAAGCCUCGUAUGUUUAAACAUAGUAAUUCGGAACCAUGUAAAAUUUCCCCUGAUUCAGUAUGUGCAUCGACUCCUAGUCCAACAGAUGUGAACGACAGAUUUCUUAAAAGAUGUUCAAGUGAUCAAGAAGUGGGCUCAAAUUAUCAGCAACUGGAUAUUGUUGGUGAAAGUUUCGAUGCUAGGUUCCCUUGGCAAAGAGAUGUUUCUGUUCAGUGUAAUAUACCACCAGUUCUAAGUCCAAGAUCAUAUAUUAGUCCCCCGUGUUAUCCAAGUAGUCCCUUGUAUCCAACAUCCCCCAUCCGAAAAGAUGAACCUCACAAUAGUGUUUCAAAUGCUGUUGCAGUUGUUAGACGCCGGAAGCAAAAUUUCAAAAAAGAGAGACCAAAGACGAUUGGACCCAUAGAAAAUAAUAUGUUUGAAAAUGAACUUGCAAAGUUUAGAGACAUGCAUUCACGUCGGAAUCGUUUAUCGGAUCCCAAUCUUGCUAAUUUAUUCCAAAGUCCACCGGGAACUAGGAAACGCGGUCCAUUGAUAUUGUCCGACGACACAGGAUCCAUUUCUGAUUUGGAAUCUAUAUUAGAAAAUCCCGACAUGGAUAGGUAA